AUGGUCACAUCCCUAACCUCCGCACCAAGCACAUACAUCCCACACGGCCUCGACGCCGACACAAACAAAGAGCUAUCCGCAGCAUGGUCCCAAGUCCAAGCCCGCGUCGUGGCACUGGCCGGCGGCGACCCGAAACGCAUCAAACCCCUCGGCAUAGACGGGGUUCUGGGGCAGUUGGAUCGCGCGCAGAAAAGCGAGAAGGAGUCGCCGGCCAAGGAGACUGUGAGGAAGACGUUCCACCGCACGCUGGCGCUCGUGCAGACUGUGGGUGGGAUUGCUGCCGGGGCGGCUUCUUCAGUCUUCGGCCCCUCAGAGCUCUGCUUCAACGCGCUCAGCUUCGUCAUCGACGCCUGGAAAGGCUAUCGCGGGGUCUUCGACGAGCUGGCUGGCCUGCUGGAGAAAUGCACAGACUAUCUCAGUCGUUUGCAGUACCACGUGCAGGGCGGGAUGGAUGCCAACCUGAGCAAAGUCGCGUGUCAGCAUCUGCUUCUGUUCGUGGAGAUCUGCGACCGCACGGUGAAGUUGCGGUCGAAGCGCAUGAAGCUGCUGGCGGUGUCGAAGAUGUUCUUCUUUAGAGAAGAUAGCGUCACGGAUCUGCUGGAUAAGAUGGCGAAUCUGGUCGAUAAGGAGGGCCGGUUGGUCGCGGCGCAGACGUUCUCGUUGGCGUCGGAUGCGGCGGCGAGUUCGAAGGCCAAUUUGGCUCUGACGCAGGGGCUGGUGGAUUCGAUGGCGGAGGAUAAGGCGGAGCAGAGGAGGGAGAAGGAUAAAGUGUAUCGCACGCAGACAAUUCUGAGGUCGCUGGCGUUCGACGAGAGUAAGUUGAAUGCGGAUCGGACGGAGCCUGAACCCUUCUGGCAGACUAUCUAUCGCAAUUAUCUGGGUCAGAGGGUUCUUGGGACUGGGGAGUGGGUUUUCGAUCACGCGGCGUAUACGGCUUGGGAGUAUGGCCGGUCUGAAUCCCCUGUUCUGGCCAUCGAGGGAGGCGAGGGAUCGGGGAAGAGCUUCCUCGCCUCGACGAUCAUCAACAGGCUGCGGCAGCAGAAGGUGAAAGAGGGUGCGGACACGCGCAUCGCCACUGCAUUUUAUUUCCUUGAAGGCGACUCCAGAGAGGAGCUGAAGAAUGCUACGAACUUGGAAAACGUCGCCAAGUCGCUGGUCUGGCAGUUCAGCCAGGUCGAACGGCUGUAUCUGAAAUCGGCGGCGUCGAUCUGCGAGACGCUCGGAGAGAUCGACCCGGCGGAUAUCUCGCGGUAUCUGCUCUUCGGGAAUGAGGAUCUCGCGAAAAUGGACAUCACCCUGUUCAUCGUGAUUGACGGUCUCGGCGAUGCUGUCGGCGAGGGCAUGAUUCGCUUCCUUCAGCGCGCGUGCUCGGCACCACCCGGCCAGGACAUCAGAGUUCUUCUCACCGGAGACUCUCGAUGCUUUGAGCAGCUGGCCAAGGUGGACGAUGUUGCCUUCGACACCAUCUCCAUCAGCUGCAACAACCAGUCCGACGUGGAAAACUACAUCGAGCGCCAGAUGGACCGAAUGCCCGUCGUGGCCGACCGAUCGCGGUUCGGCAUCCCUGAACUCCGGUCUCGCAUCCGCAGCCGACUCAGCGAGCAGACGAAGGGCGAUUUUUUCAAGAUCGACACCACGUUGACGCACAUCGGCAAGCUGGAGUACAUCACCGACAUUGAGGACGCGCUGGAAAACGCCAGUAAGGAGCGAUCGCAGCAGAUCAUCGAGGAGAUCGAGUCUUUGAACGAGAACCGAUCCGAGAAGGAAAUCGCCGAGAUCAAUGAGAUCAUCCUCUGGAUUGUGUACUGUCGGGGGCUGCUCUCGCCCAAGGAGAUGGCCGCUGCGCUGUAUGUCAAGAGCGGCGAGCGGUCUCUUUUGCCGCUGGAGCAAAAGUUCAAGAUGAAGUAUCCGCUGUUUGAGAUUAAUAACAAUGGACGGAUUGACUUUCGGUCGUCUGAGAUUGAGGAUUUUAUUCCUGUGAAGAGUCACUCGCAUGCGUCGGACGACCAGUACGAUGCGAAGACCACACACCCGGCAGAAGUGGCCAUGGUGAAACAUUUCCUCGUCACGGUCUGUCCGCCGGAUGUCUACGCCAAGUUCAACUUCGACGACUACCUUGCGCAGAAAUCCUCUCGCAAGUCGACCUCCGUCUUCAAGGAUGAUCCGCACACCGGCGAAACGAAGAUGGCGCUGGCAUGCUUGCAUGUUCUGACCCAGGAGCUGGACAAGAAGCGCAUGCGUCUGCUGCCAUAUGCGCGGAAGUACCUGCUCAAGCACCUGGCUGCCGUGGAUCUUGCCCUGGCGGAUAUAACGUGCAAGAGCCGCGUUGGGUCUCGCCUUGUUCAGCUCUUCACUGAAGAUAGCUCGAUCGACAGGUUGCUCGACGGCGACGAGUCGACUAGCUCGCCUGCGGUCCACCGCAAAGUACGCGACGCGUGGAUAUACGAUGAUGACAGUGUGGACAUUGUCGUGCGGUGGCUGGGUGAUUCGGCCGUUGUCUCUGGGAUCUCUGACGAACAGCGCCAGUGGGUUGAUGCGUUGCUGCAGAACAAGUCGUUUGAGAGAGAUCUUCUAGUCGCAGCUGCCAGGCAGAUGGCGGUUCACUUUGUCCAGGAGCCACACUUCAAGCCCUUCACGAAGGAUUCCUUCCUGUUCCUGCUCGGAUACGUGAACAAGAUCGAAUCCGAGAAAGACAGUCGAGAAACCCCCGUAGAGCCAUUCACCCCGACAGUCGAGCAAGUCGACCAGGCCGAACGAUGGUGCGAGCUCGCCCUGCAAGUCCAAGCGAAGAACUCCCUCUGGCACGUCCAGAUUGGCAUCCUCCUCGACCAGUUCGGCUACACCAACGAAGCCGCCUCACGAGCCCGAGAAGCCCUCGCCCUCGACUCCCUCGACUGGCGCGCAUCCAAUCUCCUCGCCGACGUCGUCUCCCCCGACGAGGGCAUCGCCAUCCUGAACCCCGUCGCCGAACGUCUCCAACAAGACACUCCGUGGCUCGCCUCUCUCACCCACAAAAUGGACCUCGCAAAACUCCUCUUCAGCCUCGGCUCCGCAUACUGGUCCACCGGCCAGCACGACCUCGCCAUCCCCGUCUUCACCACCGCCAUGCACACCGACUACACCGACUACGGCCGCAUCUAUCAAGUCGUGGGCCUCUAUGCCGCCGAACACCGCUGGUCCGACAUCACCACCUCCCUGCAAACCAUCCAGUCCUCCCCACCUCAAUCGGACACCAACCCUCUCGCCGAUGUCCUCAUUCACCUCGCCCCCUACGUCCGCUUCCACCAAUCCAUCCUCUCCGCCGCCCUGCACACCCAAUCCUUCCCCCUCCUCGAAUCCGCCUACGAACUCGCCAUCUCCCACCUCCACUCCCAAGACCUCCACCGCCCCCUUUCCUUCCUCCGCUACCACUACGGCACAGCCAUGUACUCUCUACGCGAUCGCGAAUCCAAAGCCCUCGCGCAGUGGGAACUCGCCUUCCAGGAGAACAUCCCUCACUGCGGAACCUCCUCCUCCCUCCCACUACUCAUCAGCAAACUCGGGCCCGUCUAUCUGCACCACGCCCGCUCCGCAGGCCCAGACCGCACCGCUGCAGAAACCUACCUCGACAAACUCUCCUCCCUCAUCCCGGACUCCUCCUCCCCUUCCUCGUCUAGUACAAUGGAAUCCCUCUUCCCGCCUCACCUCUAUCUCGCGCGCUACCACCACACCCUCGGCAACCACGCUCAAGCACGAGACCUCGUCCGCCCCAUCAUCUCCCAAGCCCUCGAGAUCCUGUCAGACGAGGACGAAAACAACGAUAUACCCGCUUACAUUACCCUUCUGUGCGUGUUCAUCCCGCUGGAAGAUGACGCGAACGCGCGAGCGGCGUUUACCCUGUUGGCGCGUAUGCAGGGCCCAGCUGGAAGAGUGUCCUGCGAUGGCGACUGUGGGAUGUCGUGGGCGUGGGAGGAGAAGAAGGAGUUGUUUUGGUGUAGGGAUUGUGUGGCCUUAACCUUGGAGAAAGGGUGUUUGGGGAAGGUUAGGGGGGAGGGGUUGUUGUUGUCGGUUUGUGAGGGUGGGCAUGAGUUUUGGGGGGUUGGGGAUGGGGAUGGAGAUGGGGAUGGGGAUGGGGUGGCGUUGGGGGAGUGGGUGGAAGGGGUUAGGAAGGCCUAUUUGGGUUGA